AUGGAUCAACAGGCCUGCAGCGGGCGGUCUUCUUCGGCUGCCGGACAAGACAGCAAGCAGCAGCAGGAGGACGAGCAGCAGCAUCCUCAUAUAAGCCGAAACAGCUUCUCCCCGUCGGCCAGCGGGAUCGGUGGUUCCCGCACCUCAUCCUCCGUUGGGUUAGGUCUCGAAUCGGGUCCUCGGCCGCAGCAGCAGCAGCAGCAGCAGCAGCAGCAGCCGACUUUGAAUUUCCAGAACGCUGCCGAUUCAGGCUUCGAUACUUUCGCGUCCAACCCCGACUUCCUCGACUCUGAACGGCCGUCGGCCCGUCACGCUUUCGGUCAAACCACCCUUUCCGACUCGAGCGUGUAUGAUCCCAGCAGCAGCUUCGGUCAACAGCCGACAUCUGGAAGGACCGCCGACGUCGCUUUAUCGUUCGAUACCCUACCUCCGUCAACAGCCUCUUUUCUGUCCUCGGAUUUCAACGACCAAGAUUUCUCCCUCUUUCCCUCGAGCAACCAGGGCGACCCAUUCGAUGCCCCGCUGUUCGAGCAGUCGAGCCUCGACCCCAGCGAUAUCAACAACAUGACCUUGUCCCAAUCCCACCACACAUGCACCCCCCCCAAUCUCGUUCAACCUGACGGUAUUCAGACGAGCUCUGCUCAUCAGUCGCCCUCAUUCAGCCAGCAUCACCAAUUCUCCUCGCCCCAGAGUAGUGGUCGUCCGAGGAACGUGUCCCUUGGCCCGGAAACUGCUUUACUUGCGUCUCAGCUUGCGGACUGGACUCGGCCUCAAUUUCAAGGCCACCGCCGGAGCCCUUCGGAAUUUUCCGACGUCUCCUCCGUUUCGCCGUCCCCCCAUCUUGCCAGCGCAGAUUCUUUUGACGAUCACCUAGGUCACUCGCCUUUGCAAGGAGCCUCCGACAGCAGCCUGUACCAAGAAGUGCUGAAAAUCGAGGCGUUCGACAUCAGUGACGCCACUCAGCCCGGCAGAAGCCCUUCCCACAGCCCUGCCAUCAGCCCUAGGCUUAUGCCUCAACAAAUGGCCGAGAUGCAUCAGCCAACAUUUGGUUUGGUUCCUCCCAACGGCGGGUUCGGUGACGUGAUGGGCUAUCCGGGAAUGCAGCAGCAUGAUGAUGUCUCUUUUCCUUCGUGCCCUCCCCGGGAAAGAGCUGACAUGUCACACAUGGCCCCUCCCGCCAUCAACAUUGACUUUGCACCAAACAAUGCCAAGCAAGGGCCUUACGAGCCGACGAAAGCUCAUCUCGAUCAAGACUCGCUGACUCCCCCAGACAGAGGUCGACUUAAAUCGCGCCCUCGCUCCGUCACGGAUCCCUUUCAUCCAGGUGGCGUCGCUCUUGGGCAUGCCCAAGAUUCCGCAAGCCUGUCACCGACCUCCGAUGCUUGUGCCAGGUCUGACUCGUCACGGUCCCUGUCGCCCCUGGACAGACUGGCCACGUCUUCGCCAUCACGCAGGCGCCAGUCCACGUCUGCUGUUCCCAACAAUGUGAUUGCCUUGCGUCUCGCAGAUCCCGAGUAUCAGAACAGCCAGGAGUCGGGCUCUGCAAAACGGGUGCAGAAGCAUCCCGCCACGUUCCAGUGCACGCUAUGUCCUAAGCGAUUCACGCGCGCCUACAACUUGCGGUCCCACUUACGAACGCACACGGACGAGAGGCCGUUUGUAUGCACAGUCUGCGGGAAAGCGUUUGCCCGACAGCACGACCGAAAGCGGCACGAAAGCCUGCACACCGGGGAGAAGAGAUUCGUCUGCAAGGGAGAUCUCAAGGCCAGCAGCCAGUGGGGCUGCGGCAGACGGUUUGCUCGCGCCGACGCUCUUGGCCGUCAUUUCCGCUCCGAGGCCGGCCGCAUCUGCAUCAAACCACUCUUGGACGAAGAAAUGAUUGAACGGCAGCGACAAUGGCAGGAACAACAGCUGCAGCAAAACAUGGCCCAGGACAUGGCCGGUCCUCAUCCCCUGGCGCUGGAUCCGUCACAGGGGUAUCCCAUGGACGCCAGCGGCGACUACGCACUUCCGGCGGCCCUGCUCCAGCAGUAUCCCGCGCUUGCGCAGUUGAAUUGGUCGACCUCUGACGCAGGAGGUGGCAUGGAAGAUGACCUGAGCGGCCGGUCAUCCUUUGACGCUAGCGACUACGAUGAAGGAGACGACGCAGGCUAUGUGAGUGGGCCUGGCACGGGGUACGGGGAAGGGGGUUUGAGCCAAAACUUUGGCGAAAUGGGCUACGCCAGCGACUUUGGCGGUCAGUAG